AUGCUUCAGGAUAUUCAAAUUUGGCAGCAUAAUUUGGAGGGGGAAUUGAUGUGGAGUGCGAAAUAUGAGGUUUUGAAUCAGCCUAAUAUUGGCUUCAAUAUUUCGAGUGCUAAAUUAGAGGUGAGCACGGGGUUUUGAUGGAUUUCAGUGUGAAAAUUCGAAACGAGUGUGAAGUUCUGACCCGGAAACCUAUGUCAUUGAAAUCUUGGCGAAAUUUUGAUCUAGAUGAAUAUUUUCAAAUUUCCACACCAAGUUUUGUACUUCUCACGGAGAAAAAAAAAUUCUAAGAUUUUUUCCACAUCCGUAGAUUUCAAAAAUCGCACGCAUUUCCCCCCCAAACCUUGCCAUUUUUCCAGAAAUUUCUUCACAAAAACUUUUGCGGGUAUCUGCCGAUUCAACUCGUUCCAACUGCUCCAAAAUGGCUUUUGCCACACGUCAGUAUAGCUGUGCCACGUGGCAAUUCGCUAUUUCUCCCAAUUUCUCAUGAGCUCUAA